AUGGGUUUCGAAAACAAGCGAAUCGCCAUUGUCGGCGGUGGUCUGGGAGGCAUGUCCUUCCUGAACGCCUCUCUCUACGCAGGAUUAAAGAAUGUGCAGCUCUACGAGCAAGCCCCUCAAUUUGGCGAGGUCGGCGCCGGCGUCAACAUCACAUCCAACGCCAACCGCGUUCUUGAUGCAUUCGGUCUGCAAGAGAGCAUGACAGCCAAGUCUUCCCGACAGCUCCCUUGCUACAUGGAAUAUCACAGCUACAAGGACGGUGAAUAUCUGGGCCACAUUGAAGAGUUUUCUUAUCCGCCAGCUCGUCUCCUGCACCGCGCUCAUCUACUCGACUCUCUCAAGGAGCGUGUGCCCCAAUCCAGCCUGAACUUGGGCAAGCAUCUUGCCUCUGUUGAUCGCAAUGAAGGCAAUAGUGCUGCUCCUUACACUUUGCACUUUGAGGAUGGUAGUACCGCAGAUGCUGAUAUUGUUAUUGGAUGCGAUGGCAUUAAGUCCAAUGUUCGUCGUGAUAUGGGCUUUUCUGACUCUCCAAAUUACUCUGGCCAGGUUGUAUACCGCGGCUUUGUUGAUUAUAAGGACUUGCCGGAGGAGACUGCUCAGCUCCUUCGAAAGACUGUUAACUUCCGUGGUCCGAAACGCCAUGUUCUGGUCUUGCCUAUUGGUAACAAGGAGACUCAAACAGACCGUGCGGCUGUCAUUGGAUUUAUGUCGGAGCCCCUUGAGGCCUGGGACUCAGAGAGCUGGAUGUCGCGCUCUGAUAUUGAUAGUCUCCAGGAGCAUGUUCGUGACUGGUGUCCCCAGGUUCAGGAUAUUAUUGCUGGUUUGCGCAAGGGCUCGCCCGAUGGAAAGAUGUUGAAGCAGGCACUAUAUGUCCGUGAUCCGUUGGAUCAUUGGUACGAGAUGAAGAAGAACCAAAAGGACGCUGGUAUCAUUCUUCUGGGUGAUUCCGCUCACUCGACUCUUCCCCACCAAGGCCAGGGAACUUGCAUGGCUAUUGAAUCUGGUAUUGCACUUGCAACCAUUCUUCGUCACUGGAAGAAUGAUAAUCUGCAAGAGGCCUUCGCUUUCUAUCAAAAUCUGCGCAAGCCUCGCACAGACAAGGUCACACAGACCAGCUCUGAAGCGGGAAAGCUGGCUAGCUCAGACUCGCCGGAUCAGAUGACUCAAAACUUCAACUCCGAAGUUCUUGGAGAACGUAUGAAGUGGAUCAUGGAGUAUAAUGUGCUGGAAGAUCUGAAGAUCAAGGGCGCCGAAGUCCUGGACUUUCAUGACUCUCGACUGUGA